AUGGGAUCGUGUGAGGCGGCGGAGCAGCACACGGUGUCGCUGCAGGCUCAGGAACGGCGUGUGGGCGGCUCCGCCCCGGUGCGGCGGAGAGCCCGGCUCGAAGUGGGCAGCUGGUCGUACUCGCAGCGCCAGAGCCGCAGCCUGUGCGUGGCGGAGGGCGCGGCCAAGAGCGACCUGAUGGUUUUCAGCCCCAACUUCCCGCCGCCGCCCGGCGCCGCGGCCAAGGACACGCAGCAGGAGCCUCCCUCUCUCCUCGACACGCGCCAGAGCCGCAGCCUGUGCGUGGCGGAGGGCGCGGCCAAGAGCGACCUGAUGGUUUUCAGCCCCAACUUCCCGCCGCCGCCCGGCGCCGCGGCCAAGGACACGCAGCAGGAGCCUCCCGCUCUCCUCGACACGGCAGAGGAGAGUGACCCAAGCGGGGCGCUGGUGGUGAGCUCGCGGCUGGACCGGGAGGAGCUGUGCGGGAAGAGCGCGCCGUGCUUGCUGCGGCUGGAGGUGCUGGUGGAGCGUCCGCUGCGCGUCUUCCACGUGGAGCUGGAGGUCACCGACAUCAACGACAAUGCCCCCAUCUUCCCCGCCGCCAGAAAAAACAUCAGUUUAUCAGAGAACUCUCCACCCGGUUCUCGUUUCCCUCUGGAGGGCGCAUCGGAUGCAGACAUCGGAGCGAACGCUCAGCUCUCCUACACACUGAGUCCCAGUGAGCAUUUUAAAAUAGAGGAAGGAAAAAGUAACUCACGCAGUAAGUCCCUGUUUCUAGUAGUCACAAAACCGCUGGACCGCGAGACGAUUCCUGUGCACCGGUUGUUGCUGACAGCGAGUGACGGGGGCCGGCCGUCUCUGACAGGGACGAUGGAGCUGGUGAUCUCGGUGCUGGAUGUGAAUGACAACGCGCCUCAGUUCAACCAGUCGGUGUACAACGUAGUUUUGCCCGAGGACGCCAUAGAAGGGACGCUAGUGGUGCGAGUAAACGCGACAGAUCUGGACUUGGGAAUCUAUGGAGAAGUGAUUUAUGAAAUUGAUACUGUUGUUCCACCUUCUGCCGCAGAUGUUUUCAGCAUCAAUGAGAAGAGCGGUGAGAUUAGACUGAGGGAAGCCCUGGACUUUGAAACAGUUACUUUAUACGAACUAAACGUAAAGGCGAAGGAUCAAGGGGCACCCCCGCUGUCAGGUCACUGCAGCGUGGAGCUGGAAGUGCAGGACGUGAACGACAACGCGCCGGAGGUGUUGGUGACGUCGCUGUCGGUGCCAGUGCCCGAGGACGCGUCGGUGGGGACGGUGGUGGCUGUGCUGAGCGUGUCGGACCGGGACUCGGGGGCGAACGGUCGUGUGCGGUGCUGGGUGUGGCCGUCGGGUCCGUUCGGUCUGGAGGCGACGUUCUCGGGGUCGUACUCGCUGGUGCUGCGGGAGGCGCUGGACCGGGACGAAGUGGGCAGCUGGUCGUACUCGCAGCGCCAGAGCCGCAGCCUGUGCGUGGCGGAGGGCGCGGCCAAGAGCGACCUGAUGGUUUUCAGCCCCAACUUCCCGCCGCCGCCCGGCGCCGCGGCCAAGGACACGCAGCAGGAGCCUCCCGCUCUCCUCGACACGUUGUAG